AUUUAAUGAAUUUAAACGUAAAUAUAAUCAGAAUUUGUUGUUAUUAAUAAUUACAGCUGAGUGUAUUUUAUUGCAGUAGUGUGUAAUGGACAGAGGAAGUGGAUCAGCAGCUGCACCGCGGACCAAGGAUUUGAGGAGGAUGUCGGACUGUGUGUCUUCAUCUUCCUACACCGAGUAUCCCACAGAUCGACCGUUCAUCAACACACAUCCACCAUCAUCGAGCAGGCCUGUUAAAGCCUUCCCAGAGAGCAACAGUGCAGCGAUUCUCUCAGCUCUGCAGAACCUGCAGGAGAAGAUGCGUAAGCUGGAACUGGAGAGAACUCGAGCAGAACAGAACCUCAGGAGGCUUUCGAGAGGAACCUGUGACACGCAGAACCUUUCGGAGAGAGAACAGCGCAAGAAGCAUGAGGCGGAGAGACCUAAAAACCACGAGUUAGCGUCUCAGUUAGCUGCAGCUGAAGCUAAGUGUACUCUCUUGGAGAAGCAGUUGGAGUACAUGAAGAGGAUGGUGAGGAGCACAGAGUCGAACAGAACCGCCGUCCUGAAGCGCCAGGAGAGCGUACGUGAGCUGAACGACGUGAGCGUAAAGCUGGAGAAGCUGGAGAGGCUGGAGCGGGAGUACAGGAGGUUAACGUUAACCCAGAGCUCUGCAGAGGAGAAGAUCAGAGAUCUGGAGAGGAAGCUGCUGGAGGAGGAACAUCAGAGGAAGCUCGUACAGGAGAAAGCUGCUCAGUUACAGACAGGUCUCGAAGCCAAUCGCAUCCUGAUCCAGUCGGUAUCGCCCCGCCCAUCCAGAUCAUCAAAGACCAAAAAGAGGAGACGCACAUCGAAGAAGUCUCUACAGCAGCAGCUUUCUCACACACAGCCACAUUACAGGCUGAGCCUGGGUGACGUUCCUUUUGUAGCCGGAAAGUCCACAGGAACGAGCCACUCGGUCCGAGCGAACGUCCAGCACGUCCUGCACCUCCUGAAACAGCACAACCGCCAGCUCUGUAACCAGCGUGUACUGGGAUCCACACCCAUCACCAGCGCCGACGGUCAGUCCAGCAGCGGUUCGUCGUCUUCGUCCUGUAACGAGGAGCUCUCGGAGCUGCUGCUGGCGCUGCAGGACGAGUUCGGCCACAUGAGCCUUGAACACCAGGAGUUGGGGAAGCAGAUCGAUGGGUGUCGAUCGGACAGAUUACGGCAGGAUCUAGAGCGUGAGUUGGAGAACCUGGUGAAGAAGAUGGAGGGGAAGGGAGAGCAGAUCGCCAAAGUGAGACGCCAUCAGGCUCAGAUGGAGAAGCUGAGGAAGCGGAAUCGUGCGUUCGAAGGUGAAGCGAAGGUCACGUCUGCACCGAAGGUGAAAUCCAAACCCGGGGAGGGCGGUAAGAACAGCCUGCGUCUGCUCAGGGACAUGCGCACCAUCCAGGACUCACUACGGGACCAACAACCGUCCUGGGAUUAUUAACACACACACACACACACACACACACACACACACGUGAGGGUCAUAAAGACCUGGUUUGGUUUGGUUUGGUUUGAUGAGUGGUGUGGAACUUUACAGGAUGAAUUGGAAAGCUGAUUGUGAGCCAGGCGUCCUCAUCCAGCGUCAGUGCCUGAUCACACAAGUGCUUUUUUUUUUUUUUAAAUGGGCACAAAUUCCCACAAACUUCGAUCACAUGGAUGAACGCAGGCUGCAGGGAAAUGGUGUGUGUGUGUGUGUGUGUGUGUUGGGAGGGUCAGUAUUAAUAAUGUAUUAAUAAAUUCCAUUAAAUUGCUUCUAUUUUUAUUGUGUGGACUGAAGAUACGAGGCGCAGGACCAAAUAAAAACGAUGACUGAUUUAUAAUCCUACAAUUCUGCUUUUAUUUGUAUUAUUUUUAUUAUUUUUUAUGAAUUUUCUCCCCGUUUUCCUCCCGAUUUAGCACAGUCCAUUUGUCUUCCGCUGCUGAGGGAUACCCGAUUGCAUCCGAGGAGAGCACGUCGCUGUACGCGCCUCUCCCGACACGUGCACAGCCCUGCAUGGGCGUCUCCUCCGCCAAUCGGGGUCCUUACACAGCGUACGAAGACCCACCCACACAUAGUCCGGUCGUCCCGCCCUAGCAGAUACGGUAGCCAAUUAGUAUCUGCCAAUUAUGCCCGCCAGAUGGCGCCCAGCCGACCGGUGGCAGCACCGAUUUUCGAACCGAGAAGUUCAGAAUCUCGGCGCUGGUGUGCUAGCAGAAUAAAAUUUGAUGAUAAAAAUCGUUGGCAUGUGGAAUGAAAUCAUUAACUCUUACUCAGCUGUGUCUUAUUUUUCAUGCGAAUGUAAUUUACGGGAGCCACAAAAGAAGCAGAAUUGAAUUCAUUUUUUAAUAUGAAGAAUUAUUGAAAGAUUCGUGAUGUUCAGUCGAGCUGACGUCAUGUUGUAUUUGAAACCUUCCUGCUGUGGUUUGUGUGGGAGAGAUUUUACUGGCUGUAUUUUGCUUUGUGUUAUUAAACUGAAUUGAAUGAA